AUGCUUCGCUUCAUGCCGCGGGAGCGGUCGCGCUCGGAAGGCGCGUCGGCGCCCGUCCGGACGCUGCGCCGGUGCGCGUCGCUCGAGCUCCGCCUCUGCUGCGUACCCGCCUGCCGCCGCUACGCUAAAGAAGCCGACGUCUGCCUUCUCCACAGCCGCGAGCGCACAACCCUUCGCCUGCUCCAGCCCGUGCGCGAGACGACCAAUAGCGCAACAAGCGCCAUCAUGACGCCGUAUGCGCAGCGCGACGCCUUCUCGUGGGCCGAGCCGUCCAUGCAUCCCACGCGCGCCAAGGACACGCCGCGCCAGCUCGACGACACCGCGCCCAACCGCAACGCGAGGUGCCGGGUCGCUUCGUGCACCUCGUAUGCGCGCAACGGCGGCUGCUGCACGCGCCAUGGCGGCGGGCGCAAGUGCCUCAUGGAGCACUGCACGACACCGUCCCAAACCGGCGGGCUCUGCCGGCUCCACGGCGGCGGCACGCGCUGCAAGCUCGAGGGCUGCACCAAGUUUGCACGCGUCCGCGGCCUCUGCUCGGUGCACUUUCGCUUCGACGACGUCCAGGGGCAUGUGAAACGCAAGGCGGCGGCGCGACGGACGACGUCGCCGUAG